AUGUGUGACCUUUGUGGGGAGUGUGAAUCAUCGGGUCAUAUUCUUUGGGGGUGUAAAGUAGCAAAAGAAGCCUGGAGUGAGACAAGCUUCAAGCUAGACAGACUUGACUGCCCCCCAAAGGAAUUCCUCGAUGUGGUGUGGUUGCUAAUGGCUUCCUCAGGUGAGAAGGAUUGGGAGAAGUUUGCUGUCACGGUGUGGCUGCUUUGGAACAACAGAAAUGCUGUCAGGUUUGGGGGUAAAUGCAAGAAUGGAAAGACCAUUGAAGGGGAAGCAAGGAUUUAUAUGGAAGAAUUUCGAGCGGCUUGUCUGAAUGUGGGCCAAAAAACCCAGCCAGCCACUCGAGUUAAACAUUGGACUCCUCCUACUCAAGGUAAGUAUAAGGUAAACGUUGAUGCAGUUGUGUUUAAGGAGCAAAGGUGCUGUGGUCUUGGGGUGGUCAUUAGAAAUGACAAAGGACAGAUGAUGGGGGCAUUAUGUAAGAAGGUUGCUGCGCCUUGGGGAGCCUUAGAAGCCGAAGCAAAAGCUGCUGAAACAUGUAUUUUGUUAGCUUGGGACCUGGGAUUGAGGGACAUUAUGGUGGAAAGGGACUCUCAGCUAGUAAUGCUUGCGCUAAAUGGUUUUGGUUUCCCAGCUUCAGUCAUCCAAAAGGUGGUUGAAGGCUCACAGAGGUGCCUUAGCCACUUCAAGUCCUGGAGGGCUGAUCACGUCAAAAGGAAUAACAAUAGGGCUGCUCACUUACUUGCUAGGAAUGCUUUGCAUGUUGCUGAUUGUGUUAUAUGGGUGGAGGACACUCCCCCUGUUAUUGAACUCCAAAUUCAAAAUGAUGUACUUUUAAUGGACCUUGGUCCGUAUCAAUGA